CUGAUAUUUUUAAUAUUUAAAUGUGUGUCCUUUCUUUUUUGUUUUAGUUUGUUGGUCUAUUUCAAAUGUUCAACAGGGUUGUAAUAGCUUUGUUGAAGAUCAGAGAAGAGUUGAGGAAUUGAGGGACAGCAGUCUGACACAAUGUUUAAAAAAUUCCUAAGAUUCCAACAGUUUCCAACUUUAAGAACAAUAGCAUUCAAUAGAUCAACCUCCUCGUGAGCAUCAGUUAGCUUUAGUUUUUCUUGAUAAUGUUUUCAAUGCUGUACAUUUUAUACGGGUAGAGUGCAGAGUUAUUCAUAAUAUUCUAAAAUACUAUACAGGAGAAUUAAUAAUUAUGUUUUCAAGCUGCGAACUGUGAAAGCUAAUAUGUAAUAGGCAAUAGCUAAGGUGUCCUUUAAAUUUAGAGUAGAUUGUAGUGAUGAAGAAAUAAUAUCCCAUUGUAUUGUAGGAGUCUAUCAGACCUUGCUAUAAUCAUAAAGCACUUUAAAACUUUUCUGUUUUCCAUUUUAUGAAAAAGGCCUAUUAAUGUUGCUUCGCGCCGAUAACUUAACCUGAAUUUUCAUAGGAACUAUCAAGCUACCACUAAAAAUACGUGAGUCUUGAUAUCUAAGAUUUCUUUGUGAAUAAAUAAAUGGGAACAUGGAUAAAAUUUCCAGAAUGCAGAAUUGGUCCAUGCCAACCAGGUCUGAAGCUGAUAUUGCGAGGUAAUUUAGUAUUAAAGUAAUCAUAGUAGACAUGGUUCUGCAUAAAGAUUCCGGUAAGUAGAGGCCGGGUGCUAAAGAGGUCGGAACGAGGAAUUCUUAACUCGUUAAUCGUCGUCAAAAUCAUUUUGUAGUCGACCAUAAAUUGGUAAAGCACUGAUUGUGAGCUUCUUCAUUGGUCAACUUUAAUUGUAAGAGAUAGACGUAUUUUAAACAGGUACCCUGUAACAAUGUAACUUAAAACAAACAUUUCAUAACCACUUCAAUAGCUUGCCCCGUAGUUACGUAGUAAGAACGUUAAUGAACCACCUUUCAAUUAGAGGGCUAUGUUAACUGCUUGAGUGACCUCUCUCCUUUUUUCACGUGACGAGGGCACAGUUUAACAUUUAAUUACCACUUCCAAAGCUCCGAGAAACCAUAAACCACUUCCAAGACAUCACCUCAAAGCUGUGUGAUUGUGUUAAAGUCUCAGUACCUCAAAGAACUCGGAUGGUCUUUGACUCCAGAUUCCAUCAGCUACAAAAAACAGCGAACAUGGUCAAAUAGACCUCACGUAAUUGAUAUUACGAUCUUAUAUAAUGCAAUUAUGCAAUCAUACACUGCUACUAUCAUUAAUGAGUCGCUCAGUAUGCUGAAUCGUUGUGUUGCAAUCUUUACUUUUUUCCAGUAUGAAUUGUUAUACAUUAUAAAAUUAGCAAGUCGCCGAGGUGAAUAAAGCAACAGUUUUUACCUUCUAUUCAUGAUAAUAUGGCUCAUCAUUUAGCGAGCUGGUGUUAAAAUUGAAAAACUAAUAAUUUUUAAAAGGUGUCAUGAUAAUUGAUAAUGAUAGUUGACUUAUUCAACCUUUCCAUUCUAUUAAUUCGAUGCCAUGUUGUCGUAAACGUUGCAUGCCUCAGUUGGAGUAAUUGAAGUUUUCAUCUUAAUUUCUUAUAAUAAACUAAUGGCGGUUAUCACAUUGAGAUAUUAAUAAUAAACAGUUUGUUUUUAAUCGAGAGUCACGAAGCUAAAAGCACGGUGUAUAAUCGGACCAUAUUAUAACUAACAGUAACAUUCCAAUACCAGGAUGAGGAUAAACGUAGAAAUAUGGAACAUAUUCGUGGUGAGCAUGUUGUUAAUGUUGCUCUACGCGGCCCUGAAUCCUGCCUGCUCUGUCAUUAACACUGCCCUUCAGGACAGCGAUACUCAGCUCACUUCUAAACUAGGAUACAUUAGUAUGAGUCUAAUGUCGCUGGUAUCGAUAGUAGGGGGUAUAAUAGCCCCUCCCCUACGGACAGUCAUGGGUUACAGAUCAAUCAUGGUUUUCUCUGCACUUCUCCAUAUGGCAGUUUACAUUGGUAUGAUAAUUCUCACUGAGUGGGCCGUUCUUAUCGGUUCUAUUGUAACAGGUUUGGGCGAAGGAAUAAUUUGGGUUGUUAUCCCAAACUUUGUGACGAUCACUUCGGAACACAGGAACAUUGAAAGAAACUUGAGCUACCACAUGUUUAUAUAUAACUUCAACGGAAUCGCUGGUAACAUUCUAAACUACCUCUGUCUCGACGAAUCCACUGCGAUAACAGACAGCUCCAGAAUCCGCUACUUCACAGUUUGCACUGUGUUCACUUUGCUCGCAUCACUGCUCGGUGGUGUCGCAGUCUGUUCUCCCAGUAGCUCUGACCAGUUUUCGUCUUUGAACGAGGACUCUGAUUUAAGGUUAAUAUCAGAUAUUGAGCCAGACACAACAAAACUCCUACCAGAUUCUGACACCGAGAAAACUAUCGAAUACAACUCAGAGGAGCACUUUCCCCAGACCCUUUACCAGCGUUCUCUAGCCUACAUUCGGAACCAAGCAUCCGGGCACUUACAAUCAGUAGCAUGCACCUUGGGGCAGUUUCCACUCUGAUGGUAAUAGUGCCCAUGUGUAUCAGUAACACAUACGACGACAGACACCUGAUACCCAUCCUGGGAGGGGCUAUAGGGAUCAGUAGGAUGGUAACCACUGGGCUGUUCGACUGGAUGGCCAGGAUGACCAGUUACACCAUGUUACAAUACCUCCAGACUAUAGUGUCGCUGAUAUGGGUGAUGUUGGUGUUUUUAGUGUUCCCGGAUAACUCCCUACAUGAGCUGACACCAGGUGAAAUGCCCCUGCUCCUGGUGGGAGAUUGGGUGGUGUACGUUCUGGGGAUCCUCACUGGGUGUUGUCUUACUUGGUUGGGUGUUCUGGUCACCGUGGCAACCGGCAAAGUUUCCACGGAUAAAAAAACUAUGAAGGGGUUCCAGCCAGAUAUUCUGUUCGCUUAUACUAUGAUAGUUUGGAGUAUUGGUAGUACGGUUACCUUGGCUAUCACACCUUAUGUCAGCCUCUAUUUCUUCUGUUGUUUAUCUUUUGUUGGUAUAGCUGUUAACCAUUUCUGUUUUUGUAGUGAUUUAUUGCCAUAUAUUGGACAAAUUGUUAAAAAAAAUGUAGAUAAUAAACCUAUCAGCUAUUGAGGAUACCGUUUUGUAUUAAAAAUGAAUUUGUUUACUCUAUUUUAUAAUGAUACUACAGAAUGUCCCAAUUUUGAUUGUGACAACAUUGAUUUUUUCAUGAAAUGAUAUUUUGAAAUUGUUUUGAGAA